AUGGCCUACGACCCAGCUCCUAGCCAAGAGGGUCGUAAUGAGAGUCCCGUUUCACUCGAUGGUGAUAUUGGUGAUGAGUUCGUCAUAGAAUCCUUUGAUAGGGAUAUUCCGCGAGCACUUGUUACUGCUUAUAUAUGCCACCAUAAUAUACUGCCAAUAGAGAAUGAACUUAAAGACCCUACACAUAUGAAGUCAAUAGUUAGAAAGUCCCUUGCAUUAUGCUCUUCUGUCUACAUUGCUACCAGCUUUUUCGGAGUAGUCCACUUUGGGGAUCAUAAUAUGGACGAUGUGCUUGCCAAAUUUGAUGACGAUCUCGGAAUUCCAUAUAGUUUGUUGCUUGAUGAUCUGGUCAAAGUGAGCUAUGGCCUUCACCUGAUGCUUGUCUUCCCAAUUGUGUUUUUUUCCCUUCGUCUCAAUGUAGAUGGCCUUUUAUUUCCAUAUGCCAUUCCUAUUGCUUUUGAUGACAGGAGGUUUUUCUCGGUAACAGUAGCUCUUAUGGGAUUUAUACUUAUGGGAGCCAUCUGUGUUCCUUGUAUCUGGGAUGCCUUUCAGUUCACUGGUGCAACUGCUACCGUUUGUGUUGGCUUCAUCUUUCCGGCUGUAAUUUCCCUUAGGGACACCCAUGGAAUUGCAACAAAGAAUGAUAAACUAAUAUCAUGGAUAAUGAUCUUUCUUGCAGUCUCAACUAGUACAGUGGCGGUGACUAGUGACAUUUGUAGCUUUUUUUUAGUGUCGACGAAGGAAUUACAUCAUAGUAAGAUGGAUGUAUGGUAUACUUAUCUGGUUUUUGUGGUGCAUUGA